GAUGAGGAUUUGGAGCACGGAGCAUGUUUUCAGCUAUCCAUGGGAGACGGUGAUCAAGGCGGCAAUGAGGAAGUACCCCAACCCCAUGAACCCCAGCGUGGUCGGGGUGGACGUGCUGGACCGAGGCCUGGACACGGCGGGCCGGCUCCACAGCCACCGGCUGCUCAGCACCGAGUGGGGUCUGCCCGGGAUUGUGAGAGCGAUCUUGGGGAACACUCAGACAAGGACCUACAUACAGGAGCACUCAAUAGUGGACGCCGAUGAGAAGAAGAUGGAGCUGUGCUCUACUAAUAUCACUUUGACCAACCUGGUGUCAGUGGACGAGAGGCUGGUCUACCGACCGCACCCGGAUAACCCUGAAGUAACCAUCUUGACCCAAGAGGCCAUCAUCACAGUGAAGGGCGUCAGUCUGAGCAGCUACCUGGAGGGAAUGAUGGCCAGGAGAAUGUCCGCCAACGCAAGGAAGGACUGAGACGUCCCUCUUCGACUUCAUCCAGUGGCCUCUACUCAGACAGACAGUGGGGGACAUCUGCCUGUCACUGUCCUUCUGCAACUCGGUUCAUGUGCAUUUUCUGGGACGGAGGAGUGUGUGUCGGUGUAGAUCUGUCCAUCCACACACUCUUCUCUCUCCUACCUCCUUUGUGACUUCACUCGGGCUACAUAGAGCUAAUCUACAUAGAUCUGCAACGCAACCUCAACUACCCAUAUUCGAUUGUCUCUUGUCAUAAGGAGUUUGGACUGGUCACAGCCUAACUAAGGCAUGGCAGAUUCCCCAUCGAUAAUUUCAUGUUGUUUUUUUAUCAUUCCUGCGUAUUAGACACUCAAUGAGCUAAUAACGCCAGCUUGAAGAUUAUGCAGAAUGCCAUUCACCAUUACUUUUUACCAUUUGUCAAUCGGUUGGUUUCAUGUAUUCGCCAGAGAGAACGCCAUCAACAGUGAAAAGGGAACCUGAGAAAUGUCUUAAUUUUUUUGCUGCAUAUCAGAAUCGCCACGGCCACAAGCCUCAGUGGAUGCAUGCGUGGGAGAGAAUAUGAGGAGGAGGCGCCUCUGCCAUUUUUACAUAUCAUCUCAUUUUGAAUUGAUCACAAUGUUCUGUAACGAUGCAUCACACAAGAGACUUCCCAAAUUGGGACGGUGAACAGAUGCCGGUGCUGAUAAUGUACAGUACAUUUCAGAGAUCUCACACAUAAUGUAUUUAGAUGCAUGAUAAUAAAUAGAGAUAAUUAUUCAAUUGUAACACAUGUUAUGUUACUUCUUGUUUCUCCGCCAUUGAUGCAGCAGUUAGACUCGGGGGGUGAGUUUGUAUA